ACAGACCAAGAUGAUUAACCACUGAAAUACUCUCAAAUCCCAAAUCAUAAUUCUCUCAUCCAUAGCCAACUUCUUCUCUUCUCUGCAGAUUGCUCCCUUCUCUGUGAAUGCCUCGAUUCGACGCGUAAACACAAAACCCCAGCUAUCUCUCACUGCCUCUCUCUCGGAUGGCGUCUCCUUCGCUAAUGGAUACUCUUUUCCAGCGCACACUAGAUGAUAUAAUCAAAGGCCUCCGCCACCAACAAACCGGCGAGUCGGCAUUCAUUUCCAAAGUUAUGGAAGAAAUUCGACGAGAGAUCAAAUCCACCGACUUGCAUACCAAAUCCAUAGCUCUGCACAAACUCACAUAUCUAAAUUCAAUUCAUUUUAUUGACAUUUCAUGGGCUGCUUUUCACGCCAUUGAGUGUAUAUCUUCUCCCAAUUUCUCUCACAAGAAGAUUGGUUACCUUGCGAUCUCUCAGUCCUUCAACGAAUCAACACCAGUAAUUUUGUUGAUCACAAAUCAAUUGAGGAAAGAUCUUAGGAGUAAUAAUGAGUUUGAGGUUAGUUUAGCUCUUGAAUGCUUAUCUACAAUUGGUACUGUUGAUUUGUGUAGAGAUCUUACUCCUGAAGUUUUUACUUUAAUGUCAAGUUCCAAGCUCUUGGUUAGAAAGAAAGCUUUAGGUGUGAUUUUAAGGGUUUUUGGUAAAUACCCAGAUGCUGUUAGGGUUUGUUUUAAGAGAUUAGUUGAAUGUUUAGAUGGUACUGAUCAACAGAUUGCUUCUGCAGUAAUUGGGGUGUUUUGUGAGCUUGCUUCGAAAGACCCAAGAUCAUAUCUUCCUUUAGCACCUGAAUUUUACAGGGUUUUGGUUGAUUCGAGGAACAAUUGGGUUUUGAUUAAAGUAUUGAAGAUUUUUGCAAAGUUGGCUCCUUUAGAGCCUAGAUUGGCUAAGAGAGUUGUUGAACCAAUCUGUGAUAUCAUGAGGAGAACUGGAGCAAAAUCAUUGAUGUUUGAGUGUAUCAGGACUGUGGCAACUAGUUUCACUGAUUAUGAAUCUGCAGUAGAGCUAGCUGUUGCAAAAAAUGGUGAGUUUUUGACAGACGAUGAUCCAAACCUUAAAUAUCUUGGAUUGCAUGUGCUAUCAAUUAUAGCGCCAAAGCAUUUGUGGGCAGUGUUGCAGAAUAAAGAGGUUGUGAUUAUGUCUUUGAGUGAUGCUGAUCCUAAUAUAAAACUUGAGUCAUUGCGGCUAGUUAUGGCAAUGGUGUCUGAGAGUAAUGUGGUGGAAUUUUGCAGGGUUUUGGUCAACUAUUCACUUAAAUCUGAUCCUGAGUUCUGCAAUGAGAUUCUUGGUUCAAUUUUGUCCAGGUGUCGCCAGAAUUUUUAUGAGAUUAUAGUUGACUUUGAUUGGUAUGUGUCACUUCUUGGGGAAAUAUCAAGGAUUCCACAUUGCCAAAAGGGGGAAGAAAUUGAGAAUCAACUUAUUGACAUAGGUAUGAGGGUUAAGGAUGUUAGACUACCGCUUGUUCAUGUUGGUCGUGACCUGCUGAUUGAUCCUGCGUUACUUGGGAAUCCUUUCUUGCACAGGAUAUUAUCUGCUGCUGCUUGGGUGUGUGGCGAGUAUGUGAAAUUUUCAAAGAACCCAGUGGAACUUGUGGAAGCACUACUGCAGCCUCGCACUAGUCUCUUGCCUCCAUCAGUCAGAACUGUUUACAUGCAAUCUGCUUUUAAAAUCUUAAUAUUUUGCCUACAUUUUUACCUCUUACAAAGGGGAUGUAUUGCUGAUGAUAAGGCGUCAGAAGUUAUGGAUUUGGCAUCCCAAAGGGAAUGCUCAGGAAUGUCUGAUUUGGCAACACACAAAGCAUCUGCCUGUUAUGAACAGGAGGAAGGAUUCAAUCCAAGGGAUUCGAAUAGAUCAUAUGAAGAUCUUUCUAUUAUAGAUGGUGGAGAUGAUCAAACAACUUCUUCUCCUGGGAAAAGUCUCACACAUGAAUCUUUUUCUAACCUGUUAACCUUAAUUGAAUUGGCCUUGAAUCCACUAUCUAGAAAUUAUGAUGUUGAAGUACAGGAGCGAGCACGGAAUAUACUGGGAUUUGUUGAAUUGAUAAAGCAACAAAUAUCCGAUUGUUUCUUCCCCAAGGACGUGAAUUUGAAGAAGGAAGAUGUGAAAGUAUUCAAAUUUGUUGAGUUGGUGUAUGAUGCUUUCGCGGAGGAGCUUGGUCCAGUGUCUGUAAAUGCUCAAGAGAGAGUUCCUGUACCAGAUGGGUUAAUGCUUAAGGAGAAUCUUUCGGACUUGGAAGCAAUUUGUGGAGAUGUACAACUACCUUCAUCAAGUUCGUUUUCUCUGGGAAGUCCUUAUGGGGAAGAUGUUGGUGCUUCUCCCAUUACCCAAAGCAAAGAAGAGUCAGAACCAUCAAGUGAGUCCACUUCAUUGCUUGCUGAACAUCGUAAGCGACAUGGAUUAUAUUAUCUUCCUUCAGAGAAAAAUGAAAUCUUAGCAAAUGAUUAUCCACCGGCCAAUGACCUUAAAUCCAGUAUUGACACCCAUGAUGAUGCUCAAGAUCUAGUUAAGCUUGCUGACCAAUCACUUGUAUCAAAGAGAAAGUCAAGCCUUGCAAAGCCUCGGCCGGUGGUGGUGAAGUUGGAUGAGGGAGAUGUACCCCUAACUGCCAAGAAACCAGAUAGACAAGAUGGUUUACUUUCUGGUGCUGUUCGAGAUAUUCUUUUAGCUAAUCCAUCUGAUGAGACAUCUAGUAAUAGAAAAGGGAAGGAGAAACAGAAUGUUGAUCCUCUUGAAUCGAGAGAAAUAUUGGGUGGAGAAAAGCCUGACCUUGGAAAUCCAAGUUCUAGAAGAAGCAAACACCGGAGCCAUGGUAAAGAGAAAGGCACGAAAAGUGUAGAGAAGAAGAAUGCCGAUGAAAAUGAUGAUCAUGGAGAGAAAGAAAAGCAUAAGAGUAGACAUCGCCAUGGCAGGCAUAAAACUCGACAAAGAGCUGAUGCGCCAACCUUAACUGUGGUCACACAAACACCAGUAAUUCCUGAUUUCCUUCUAUAGCAUUGAAUUUAUGUUUCAAUGCUUCUCUUGUGGCUCCUGAGAACUUGGUUGAUGUGACCACACUGUAAUCUGCCACCUUGACUGCUAAGGUUAGUGUUUUUUUCUUAUAGAUUUGGUACAUUAUUUUUGGUUACAUUUUUUGGUUUCUUGGAUAAACAUCUAAACUUUGGGAUUUGUUUUACAUGUUACACAUUGUGAAAAAGAUUUAGAACCUGAAUUGUAGUCUGUAGAAAUUGAGAUUGUCAGUUGGAAAAAGAAGGGAUUUUUUUGUUUUCUUCUUCAAAAAGGGAAAGAACUAUAGUGCCUGAAAUCAACCAUUUGAAUAGUGCUUUAUCAUUUAUAUUCUAAUAGUGACACACUUGUUCUAAAUUUAUAAUCUUUACAUGCC